AUCUUAACUGUAGACUCCAAAGGGGAUGUAAAAUUUGAAACAAUGGAUGUUGCCAAUAAAUCAACUUUGUCUGAAUUUAUUUUGCUGGGCCUCUCCAGUUCCUGGGAGCUACAGAUGUUUUUCUUCGUAGUGUUUUCAUUGUUUUAUGUAGUUACAAUGGUGGGUAAUAGUCUCAUAGUCAUCACAGUUAUAGCUGACUCUCACCUACACUCUCCCAUGUAUUUUUUGCUUACCAAUCUUUCAAUCAUUGAUAUGUCUCUUGCUUCCUUUGCCACCCCCAAGAUGAUUACAGACUACCUCACUGGACAUAAUAUUAUUUCGUUUGAUGGUUGCAUAACCCAGAUCUUUUUUCUUCAUCUUUUUACUGGUACCGAGAUUAUUUUACUCAUGGCUAUGUCCUUUGACAGGUAUAUAGCAAUAUGCAAGCCCCUCCGCUAUGCAUCAAUCAUAAGUCCUCAAGUGUGUACUGCCCUUGUGGUGGCUUCCUGGGUUGUGGGAGUCAUGCAUUCAAUGAGCCAGGUCAUAUUUGCCCUCACUUUAACAUUCUGUGCUUCCAAUAAAGUAGAUAGUUUUUUCUGUGACCUUCCUGUGGUUUUCCAGUUGGCUUGUAUAGAAACUAAUGUUCUGGGUCUCUUUAUGAUCUCAACAAGUGGUAUAAUUGCUCUGUCCUGCUUUGUUCUUUUAUUUAAUUCUUAUGUCAUUGUCUUGCUCACUAUCAAACAGCAUUCUUCAGGGGGAUCCUCCAAGGCCCUGUCCACUUGCACAGCUCAUUUCAUCGUUGUUUUCAUGUUCUUUGGACCAUGCAUCUUCAUCUACAUGUGGCCACUCAGUGAUUUUCUGAUAGACAAGGUCCUGUCUGUGUUUUAUACUAUCUUUACUCCAGUCCUGAACCCAAUAAUCUACACCCUGAGGAAUCAGGAAGUGAAGACAGCCAUGGGGAAACUGAAGAACAGGUUUCUAAAGUCCAACAAAGAAUAUAUCAUAGAAGCUUUAGGCGCUUCAGAAUGUAGAUCCAUCCCUGAAACAGGAGGAAAAAUCAGAUAA